AUGACCUCCCCGCCCUGCCCCAUCCCGGGCCGGGACGCCACCAAAGCCAUCUUCCCGGACAUCGCCCCCGUCGCCCCGGUAGUGGCUGCCUACCCGCUUGGCCUUUCUCCCGCAACCGCAGCCGCCUCCGAUUUGCCCUAUCCUGGGCCAUACAGCCACUUCUUGCCCUACCCUUACCCUGGGCCGGCAGCCCCGGGGGACUCCUUCCUACCUUGCCAGCAACUUGGGACGCCGUCUCCGGCAUCUCAGCAGGAACCCCAGGCUGGUAAGUCUCAGCACUUAGAGGAGGAGCUGGCGGACCCAGAGAAGCUGCGGUUGUCUCCGGAGCCCUCAGAGAGGCUCCCGCAGGCCCCCGCCAAGAAGCUGCGCAAGCCGAGGACCAUCUACUCCAGCCUGCAGCUGCAGCACCUAAACCAGCGCUUCCAGCACACGCAGUACCUGGCGCUGCCCGAGAGGGCCCAGCUGGCCGCUCAGCUCGGCCUCACCCAGACCCAGGUAAAGAUCUGGUUUCAGAACAAACGCUCCAAAUACAAGAAACUUCUGAAGCAGAACUCUGGCGGGCAGGACAGGGACUUCCCGGGGAGGCCCCCCUCCCUGUCUCCCUGCUCUCCUCCCCUUCCAGCCCUCUGGGAUCUACCCAAGGCGGGGGCCCUGCCUGCCGGUGGCUAUGGCAACAGCUUUGGAACCUGGUAUCAGCAUCACUCCCCAGAUGUCCUGGCUCCACCUCAGAUGAUGUGA